CUUGACACCUGGGCUCGGACGGGGCCGCACCCGCCCCGACCCUGCCUCAGCCUCGUGCCCAGGCCCGGCGGGUCCCGCUCGGGGCUCGGUGGCCCCGCAGGGCUGCGGGGAGCCCGGCCACGGAGGCCGCGGGAAGGAGCGCUGGGCUGCCGACGGAGCCGAGGGGGACACGGGGCGCGCCCGCAGGGGACCCCGACACCCGGGCGGCCCGCUGCGGGGUGGCUGCGGCCGGGCGCCGGACCGAGCACGUCCCCGCCCGUGGGGCCGUCCCGGGCGGCGGGGCCGUGCCGAGCGCGGGACCGGCCCGCUCCCGGCGCUGAGCGCUCGCCUCCUCCGUGAGCGCCUAAAAUGUUCCUGGCAUGCGAGGCCAAGGGAGAAGCAGUGAGGAGCGGGGCACUUUUCCAACAGCUCCUCCGCCGACAGAGCCAGUGGCACGGCGCGGCUCCGCAGCCCGCCGCUCUCCUCGGCUUGCUCCAGCAGUCCGACCGCCAUGCAGCGAGGCAGGGUGCGGGCGGCGCUGGCGGCGCUGCUGUGCGCGACGCUGCUCCCGCUCCGCGCGGAGGCCGUCAAGGCGCCCAAGCGGCCGGCGCGGACCCGGACCUGCGGCGAGCGGCCCGAGGAGCUGCUGGAGCAGCUGUACGGGCGGCUGGCGGCGGGCAUGCUCAGCGCCUUCCACCACACCCUGCAGCCGGAGCCGCCGGGCCGCCAGCACAACACCAGCUGCCCCGCCGGGGGCCGGCCGGCCGGCGACAAGAGGUUCCGGCUCCCCGUCAACCUGCGCAGCGCCUCGCCGUGGGCCUACAGAAUUUCGUAUGAUCCCACAAGAUACCCUAAAUACAUUCCUGAAGCAUACUGUCUGUGCAAAGGCUGCCUCAUGGGGAUCUUUGGUGAGGAGAAUUUUCACUUCCGCAGCACCCCUGUGUACAUGCCAACAGUCAUCCUCCGUCGCACGUCGUCAUGUGCCGGGGGCCGUUACGUCUACACAGAAGAUUACGUCACUAUCCCAGUGGGCUGCACUUGUGUACCUGAGCAAGAAAAAGAGGCUGAAAGUGUAAAUUCCAGCAUAGAUAAGCAAGAAAUGAAGUUGCUGGUAAGCCAGAACAAGCCAUCAUCAGAAUGAAGAAUACAUAAUCGUGUUACAGUACUGGCUUGACAUCAUCAUUUCACAACCUCAAGAAACUGCACCGCAGCAGCAAACACAUGGACUUACCCUCUUUUUCUACUUAAUUCCAGUUAUAAGAUGGAAAGUUUUGUCCAGUCACUCAGAUCAUAAGAGAUGACAAUUCAUAUUAAGAACUUCUUUAGCUCAUGUAAGUAUUUGUUGCAAAUUCCAAAGUAGCUUUUUUUUUUUUUUUAGAGCAGAACAUUUUAUACUUGCUUAUUCACAGUAAAUUUUAGAUGAUGCAACUGUAAGGCAUGCUAGCUAUUACUAUAGCAGACUACUGGUUGUAGACAUUUUUAAGGAACCUCUUACACUCUACUUUUAAAUACUCUUAUAUAGAAAUCACAUAGCUGCCAUACAUGUCCCAAACCAGCAGUUAAAAGGAUAAUUUCUCAGGCUGGGAGAGCCUUCCUUUAUAUUGCAUAUCUCAUCUCCUAACAGUGUUCUUGGCUGUUACAUCUUUGGCUAUUUAUACACUACAGCAAGGAAACCUUUGCUGGCUUUGAGUCAUUCAUGAAACAAUAUUCUACGAGUUUGUUGUUUUUAACCUUGCCAAAUGGCUAAGGGUACAAAAGUGCUGAGAAAAAGCAUGCUAGAAUAUUUUAAAACAGCAGUGGACUUUCCUGAUCUGGACUAAGUCUAAUUACACAGAAGAUUAUCAACUAGAAAAAACACACUUUGGGUCCCAAGAAAUCUGUAUUAGAUUUCAUUCAUCAUUAACUGCUUAACUGUUUCCUGUGACAAAACUGUAUUCUGUACAGGUGAAAGGCCAAAACCUUUUUCAUGUUAGGAGAAGAGAUUCCCCAUUCAAAAAAGAAAAGUACAAAGGACAGGCUUCAUUGCAGGUACACUGCAGAUGAGUAACAGGCUAGGUCUUAACUUCUAGGUGCUCCAGAAGUCAUUGAGGUGAGUCCCGGCCAAUGCAAACUUGUUAAGUCCAACUGAUUCAUACAACUGGUGUGAGUCAUUUUUCCCUAUGCAACACAUAACAGAUAAUCAUCUGCAAAAGAUGCUGGUCUGCGGAAGAGCAGUCUUCCAUCUUUGCAGCUUACAGGAACCUGAUGGCAAGCCCUAACCAGAAACUCCAGAUACACAAAAACUUGUAUUUCCAGAACAAGAGACUGAAGGUUGACUUAGUCUAGUGGAUGAGAAUCAGGAAUAACCAGGCAUACCUUGCACAAACGUAACUCCUCAGAGAGCCACCAUCACCAAAGUUGAUUAACUCUGAAUGCACGGCAGAGAGUAUCUUUUACAGUUGAAAGAUCGUGACUGCAAUAUCAUUACAAAAAAGAAUUAACACCAUAUGCAGCAGUGUAUUUGCUACAUCAAGAAUCUCAAAAUUUGGCUUAAUUCAUAGUGGAGAAAGUCCCCACACUACACAAACACAUGCUCCUUUGGAGUGUCAUUGGAUGAAGAAUGGAAAGACUAUGAGCUAACCAGAAUUAACAAGUUAAAUAGAGAAUGAAAAUCAUAUGAUAACUCCUUGUCUUGGUGCACAAUUAUUGGCUGUGCUCUUUCUGACUCAGUCUAGUAUAACUAUUUUUACAGUGCAAUCUGUGUGUAGCUUCUUGCAAAGCCUAAAACAACUUUAAGAACUCCAGAAACCAAUAAAAGAUUCCCAUCACAAUGUCA